GGGGCUGGGGGGUCGGCAGGAUUGGUGAGUAUACUGGCCCUUCUGGUCAGUCCCACACCUGUCACGCUCCUAUGUGUGGGCCACCUCUGUGACGGGCAAUAAUGCUGCUGCUACUGCUGCUGUUGCUACUGGGACCUGGAUCCUGUCUCAGCGAAGCAACCGGGAGGUCACAUGUGUACAAGCGUGGACUCCUGGAACUGGCAGGGACCUUGGAUUGUGUUGGUCCUCGAUCGCCGAUGGCUUACAUGAACUAUGGUUGUUAUUGUGGCCUUGGUGGCCACGGAGAGCCACGCGAUGCCAUUGACUGGUGCUGCUACUACCAUGACUGCUGCUACUCUCGGGCUCAGGACGCCGGCUGCAGCCCCAAGCUAGACCGAUACCCGUGGAAGUGCAUGGACCAUCGCAUCCUGUGUGGACCGGCAGAGAACAAAUGCCAAGAACUCCUAUGCAGGUGUGAUGAGACGCUCGCAUACUGCCUGGCAGACACAGAGUACCACCUGAAAUACCUCUUCUUCCCCUCGGUUUUAUGUGAGAAGGACUCACCCAAGUGCAACUAAUAGGCUGAAAUGUCCCUUUGCACAUGGAAAUGAAGUUCGCUUUCAGUGAUGAACAACAGCCUCCGAUUUGCGCAGGAGUCCCUGGGGGCCAAGUGCUGAAGCCUGGGUUUGCUCUCUCCCGCCACUCGUGAACUCUAAGCCCGUGGAGCUGCCAGUUUGAUGAAGGCUGAGCGUCCUGGGCCUGUUUUAUGCAACUGCAACUGUGUUGGGCUUGAUAUAAUUUUUGAAAAAUUUAUACGAAAAGCUUUACUACUGUGUAACCUGCUGCAGAGGGUUGGUGGUCAAAUGAACACCUGCUUAGGCUUGCUUGUGGUAAUAACAUUGCCACGAUACAUCUAGGAACUGUUAGUGUAAUAAAGCAUGUUCCCUACCUGUC